AUGGAUAUCGAGCGGGCCAUUGCUGCCUCUCUUAGUGGAGUCGCAGUUGAUGGAGAGGCUGAUAGCCCCGCAGAUGCGAACGCAGUAGCAGAGGCGGGGCCACCAGGGAGUACCUUGGAUAUGGCAGCUCCAACAUAUACAGGACGAGAGUUUACCGGGACGCGUCCAGCCACACCCCCUCGGAGCAGAGCUUUGGCACCUGCUCCUGCGGCUCGCGUAGACCUUGCCCCUGGCGACGUCAAAGUGUCACCGCAGGUGUACGUCAGCCAUGAGAAGGACUUUACGCAUUUGGUAGAGAAGGUUGCAAUAGAAACUCUUGCAGAAGAAGGUCGAAAAAUCCACACCAGCAACGUGAUGGCGAACAUCGCCAGAAGCGCUGGAGAUGAGGGUGUGCACAACCGCUGCAUCAAUGCCCUUUUGCAGCCCACUACGUGGCAACCAGAUUCAAAUCCGAAUGGAUUCCUGUUGAGCGCAGCGGAGGUUAGUAGGCUGUGCGACAUGACAUUGGAGGUACUCAAAUCCCAGGAGAUGGUGCUGAGACUUCGGGCGCCAAUCAAGGUUUAUGGAGACAUCCAUGGCCAAUUCCUGGACCUCAUGCGCCUUUUUGCAAGGUAUAAAGCACCUUCUGAUGGCGAGGGGGGUGACAUUGACUCCAUGGACUAUUUGUUCCUGGGCGACUUCGUUGACCGGGGAGCAUUUUCCUUGGAGACUGUGUGUCUUCUUUUCUCCCUCAAGGUAAAAUAUCCAACACAGAUCCACCUGAUCCGAGGGAAUCAUGAGGACCCAACCAUCAAUGCCAUCUACGGCUUCCGGGAUGAGUGCCGACGCCGAUUGAAUGAGGAGCCAGAAGACCCAGAAUCUUGUUGGAACAAAUUCAACAGGGCCUUUGAGUGGCUUCCAGUCGGAGCAGUAAUCGAAGACAAAAUUCUUUGCCUUCAUGGCGGUAUUGGAGGCUCCGUCCAUUCAGUGGCCGAAGUUCGCACCAUGCAAAGGCCGUUGUAUGUGGCACAAAUUCCGCAAACACCCUUCGAGCAACGGAUCACUGAUUUGUUGUGGAGCGAUCCUUCUGACAAUGAUUCGGUUCCUGGAGUAACCGCCAACGAAACGCGGGAUCCAGAUGGCACGGGCCGAAUUGUGAAAUUUGGCCCCGAUCGGGUGGAGGAGUUUCUUGAGAAGAACAGUCCCUUGUCGAUGAUCAUCCGAGCACACGAAUGUGUGAUGGAUGGCUUCGAACGUUUCGCGAAUGGUCGUCUGAUCACGGUCUUCAGCGCUACGGACUACUGUGGUCACCACAAGAACGCAGGGGCAUUGCUGUUUGUUCGGCGUGACCUCACGAUUGUGCCAAAGCUGAUCUAUCCGGUGGAGCGCAUGACCACCAUGUGGGAUCCCAUGGUGAUGCAGCAGAGACCUCCAACACCACCACGUCCGGCCCAAGCCUCGAGAGACUCGUUUUGA